UCCUAUUCAUACCUGGCUUAAAGAUCACCACCUCCUGGAAGCCUUUCCACAACCUCCCGCUGGGGCAUGUGCCUCUUCUGGCUCCCAGAGCUUCCUAUGCCCCACCUACUCGAGGUCUGACCUUCUGGGUAGCAGUUGUCUGAUUAGGUGUGCAUCUCCUUCCUCUGGGGGCCACGAGGAUAGGGGCUGGGUGUGUCUAGUUCACUGCAGAAACCAUAGUGCCCCACCAGCACAAGGCCGGACACAUAAAAGAUCAAUAAAUAUUUAUCUGAUUGGGAGAGGUCCUCGCCCUGUACCCUCUCUCCAGAUGCAAACUGAUCCCCGACUGAAGAAGGAUACCCAUUUCACACAAGUCUACACAACUUGUGUGCAGCCGCGUUUCUCAGGCGCCCCCCAAUAUGCUAAUCACUGCACUGGGGGGGCAAAGCCUCCCUGGAGCAUAUGCAAAUUACUCUUUCCAGCGCUGGAGGCCUUCCAUUGUCCCGCGCUAGGAUUAUGCAAAUAAGUAGGCCUCCGGUCCCGGAUCCGGGCUGAAUUGGCGCCCUCCACCCCCAGCGCAUCCCAUUUUUAUAAGGCGCGUUCCCCCUCUGCACACGCACGCGCGAGCCCUGCAGCUUCUCGUUCUUUCAGGCCCCGGACUGUACCAAGUAAAUCCGGGCAACGAGGGCCAGAGCGCGGCAUCCCCUGCGCGGGUCUCGUCCACGGCCCGACUCGGGGAGCCCCUCUUCCCACAGCGCCACAGGAAUGGUCUAUCUCGCCGCGCAAGCGCCCUAGGCCCCUUGCGCCCCCUCCUAGCCUACUUGCAGCGCAGGCGCAGAGCCCGGGCGUGCAGCCGCCACCGCAGAGCCGGAGCGGGGGUCGCCAGCGCCGCAUCCCCCUCUACCUGCCAACAUCCUGUAUUAGAGAACUUGUGGCCGGAGGUGUGGUUGCGGAUAGCUGGCCAGGGAGGGACGCUGCUCAGCUGCUGCUCUGCUCCUGUCUCCUGUCCCCUCCCCUGGCCAUGACAGAGACCCGUGAGCCAGCUGAGACUGGAGGCUACGCCAGCUUGGAAGAAGAUGAUGAAGACCUUUCCCCAGGCCCCGAGCAUUCCUCUGACUCAGAAUACACUCUCUCAGAGCCGGACUCCGAAGAGGAAGAAGAUGAGGAGGAAGAGGAAGAGGAGACCACCGAUGACCCUGAAUAUGACCCUGGCUACAAGGUGAAGCAGCGCCUGGGUGGGGGCCGGGGGGGCCCAUCCCGCCGGGCCUCCCACGCAGCUCAGCCCCCGGGCCCCCCGGCCCAGCCCUGCCAGCUCUGUGGCCGCUCACCCCUUGGGGAGGCCCCACCGGGCACCCCACCCUGCCGGCUCUGCAGCCCCGCUACAGCCCCCCAGGAAGCACCAGUCCCUGAAGGCAGGGCCCUGGGGGAGGAAGAGGAGGAGCCGCGUCGGGCUGGGGAGGGCCGACCGGCUGGGCGGGGGGAGGAGGAGGAAGAUGAGGACGAGGAGGGCACCUACCACUGUACAGAGUGUGAGGAUUCCUUCGACAGCCUGGGGGAGCUGCACGGCCACUUCAUGCUGCACGCCCGGGGGGAGGUGUAGGCAGAGCCCCCCACCUGGGAGGUUGGCAGAGGGGUGGGGUGGGAAGAGGGGGCUGAGGAAAUUGGGGUGCUCACAGCAGACAUGGGGGAUAGGGUAAGGCCGAUCUGUGUUGUCCUAGGAGUAGAUGUGUGAAGGCCAGAAUAAAAGCCAAAUUCUGUGUGUGUGUCA